UUUUCCUAGACUAGAAACUCUUUGCAAUGCUUUUAAAGCUCUAAUAAGGAACAUUUUCUUUGGUUGGCUCUGGUAUCCUAUGUACAUAGUGAUCCUCCUUUAUUUUUUGUCCUGUGUAUGCGAAGGUUCUGUUUUUUUAUUUAUUUAUUUAUUUAGGGAAAUUCUCAUCGUGUUGUCUCUUAAUAGUGAAAUGCAUCACUUUCUGCGAGUGUUUGCCAUGGAGAAAUCGAAAAGGCUGUUUCUUCAGUCUGCUGUCAAUCAUCUCAUCUGACACCUACUUCCUCACUGGUUUCAGGCUCUGAAAAUUUCAACUGAGAAAUUACCACUCAUGUUGAUGAUGGUCUCAUUUGUUUUAGAGGCAUCAGUAUCAAUUGUAAUCUGUCUCUUAACCAGUUCAAAACCUCCUAUAGUGCCUUUAAUGUAAUUUAAAAAACAUAAUAUAAGAGGGUGUGUUUAAGGGGCCCAUCCCCCCAUAAAGCCUAGUUUCUUGGUUUGGUCUUAUCCACAGGUCAACAAUGAGUCAUACUCGCCUGUAUGCUUAGCUCACUGGGAGCUGUCUGGGUGCUUUUUAAAGUAAAAUGUUUUGACCAAAAAUGUAAUUGUUGUUAUUAUUUAAUAUAUGGUGUGCCAAAAAGGACAAAAGACUUACAUGUGCUUCCAAGACUUACAUUAGGGACAUCUCAUGGUCCGAAUAACCAUUGCUUUUUCUUUCAGGUUUCCCUGUUUAGGACAUGAUGAUGGAUUGGUGGAGCAGCAGCGUUUUUGUGGUGCUCUUUCUUUGUGGUACUUUUAUCAGAGAAACACAUCAGGCCACUUUAGCUGAUGUGAAAGGACACAGUGGGGGUGAGAGACAUCUUUUAAUGGAAGUGGACAAUCACACUGAUAGCAAUACAACUGUCCGUCUGGGUGAGUAAACAUCCCCCUCCAUUGGUAAUUUUGCCAUUAUUCAACUAUCCACAGCCAUGUCCAUGAAGAUUCUCAUUCAUCUAUGGUUUUCUUGUUUUAAGUCUUCAAGAAGAUGUCUACAGCCAUGUUUUUUUGAUGAACUUUGAACUCUGUAACACUUAACUUACACUUUGAACCUUGUCGAUCUUUCAGUUGUCACAGUUUCAUGUUUUUUUUUUCCUGCUCUCUUUGCAGGGGCGUCUGAUGAGGACAUUGUAGCUCCAAAGUCUCUGGAGUGGUCCUACCUGGCUGCAGGUCUUGGCACAGUUCUUACUAUCUCGCUCCUCGUCGUAAUGACUGUAAAGUUACGCCUCUUCCACCGCUUCCUGGCGAGCUACAGACACUCUCUGCUAGAAGAGUCCGAUGGGGUCAGUCAGUAUGGACAGGAGCAAGGGGCGUUUCCUAGCAACGUGAUGGGCAGGAUGGGAGGGAUGGGAGGGAUGGGAGGGAUGGGAGGGACUCCUGUCGAGCUGGACGACGAUGACGAUGGCUUCAUUGAAGAUAAUUACAUCCAGACAAGUGAGAAGGACAGAGCAGCAAGAGAACAAGAGGAAGAGGAGAGGGAGGAUGAGCUUGAAGACAGUGAUGAUGAUCUUCAGUUCACAAUUGGAUGAUUAAAUACAGGGACACUUAAGCCAUCAUUGCUGGUUUAAAGCUGAUUUAAAAUUAGACUGAAAUGAGAGUUUAAUUGAUGGUUGGCUGUCAAGGAAUGAUUUCAUAUUUCUUUUGAUGUUUCAUAAGGUGUUCUCGCUCCAGAAGAACUCUUACCAUAUUCCCAUAAACAGUGUGAGCAGUCCAUCACUUUUUUUUGGUAUUCGCUCCAUAAAACCAAUCGUAUUUUUUGGAAAUUGAGCUUACAAGCACGUUUUUCUGAGUCUAUGAUUGACAUGAUACACAGUAAAUGAUGGAGAUAAAAGUGUCAGAGUGUGUGAGUCAAGAGAAAUUCAAAGUGUAGCUCUUAAGAGAGGCUUACUUUGAGCUUCAUGUUUAUUGUAAGGUUUCCUCAAAAAGUCUCAUACUGUAUCGUUUUGAUGAAUAAUACUACAACUGACCAAAUGGUACAUAUGAGAAAUCAGUACCUGUUUCAGCAAAAGAGUCUGGGACAAAGUCACAUUUUAAUUCAUACCAGCAUUGGUAUUUUUCACUUUUCUCUGUUUAGUGCCAAAGAUUGUCUUGAUAACCCUCAGAGGGGUCCUGACCUGUAGCAUGGGAAGCCACUGAGAGUGAAGAUUAGCUGGAUAAUAAAUGUGGAUACUGAUGAACCACAGUUGCUGCAAAAUUUUAGAUGAACAAUUCAAAUAGUUUGAAACAGUGCAGGUGAUUUCAGAAAUUCAGAAGAAACAGAUCUUUCUGAAAAUGUUACUGCUUUUGUUGGAUUCAUUACAGGAAUAGUAAAGAAAUCUUGGGAAUUCCCGCAAGCCAUGAGUAAGUCAGCAGAUACAGUAAAGGACAAGCACGCAGGAUAAUUACCCUUAAGCUUUAUUGGGCUGAGACAACAUUCAGCCUUUGUUGGAAAAAAAGGUUAACAUGGCAAAGGUUGAAGUAUAAACAGAGUCCAAAGAUGACUUUACCUUGUUGAUGUCACAUUUGAGUCUUUUUUUACCCCCCAAGUCCAAUGCUGACCUUUCUUCCUUUAUCAUAAUUAUAAAUGAUUCUUGUCAAAGCUGAAAAAGAGUAUUCAUGAGACUAGUUGAUUGAUAUUUUGACUUUUGGUCAGAUCUAUCAUGAUGAAAAGGAAAUAAUUUGCUUAAAUUGUUGUGCAAAGUGCAGAAAGUUGCAGUGUUUUUAUG